CCUUCCGCUCUCGCGCUCGGUGUGUUAAUCACUGCUGGAAUUUCGGAAGUGGAUUUUUGGAGCGCGUGAGGAGACCACUGCGUAGACACCUCUAUAAACACACACGCGCGCGCGCACACACACACACGUUCACUGGAUUUGCCCUGCUGUCUCUGAUGUUUUGGAUAUGGAUUCGGGUUCUGCUGUGUGUUCUAGGUGUGCUGCUCGCGCCAGGUGUGCAUCACGCAUCGGCGAUCGAGGUGUUCACAUCCAAAGAGCUGACGGCGGUUAACGGGACAGACGUGCGGCUCAAGUGCACCUUCAAGUCCACGCAGCCGGUGUCUGAGACCGCGGCGUCCGUGUCCUGGAGCUUCAGACCGCUCGGGUCGAGCCAGGAGAUCCAGUUCUUCCACUAUCAAGGGGAGGCAUUUCUGCCUGAGCAGGGUCAAUUUAAAGGUCACGUAUCAUGGACAGGGAACAUGCUGAAGAACGAUGGAUCCAUCACGCUGAGGGACGUGCAGUUCACCUUCAACGGCACCUUCAUGUGCCAGGUGCGCAAUCCACCCGAUGUGCAAGGCUUCACCGGCGAGAUCCGGUUCGAGGUGGUUCAGUCAGUGAAGCUCUCCGAGAUCGGGAUUCUGGCUGCGGCGGUGGGCGGAGGCAUCGUUCUCGUCCUCCUCAUCCUCAUCGCCAUCUUCGUCGUGCGCUAUUUCCGAGGUCGCCGCGGGGACGCAAGCAUAGAGAUGGUAGACUCCAAGCAAGGGAGCGUAUGUGCUAAGGGGGAGUUUAUGCCAAUAAACGUAGCAGAGAAGGAGCUUGAAAAGGAAAAACUCCAAGAAAAGUGCGACCCUCACGGAGAGGACACGGACGCUAAGAGGGAAGCCAAAGAAUCCGAAGCCAAGUUAAAACCCGGCGAUGACGACUAACCAAACGAAUCCGCUAGAUGCUUAUCAAAUAGGGUGCGCAUGCAGCCUCCUUUUGUAUGUAUUUUGUUAUAGUUUUUACUGUUGUUGUUUUUUUCUGACCUUACUCACAAAGUUAUAACUGGUUAAUUUCACAGUAACAUAAUUUUAUGAAAGAUGAAAUGUUCCCUAGUGGAUUGAAUGUGUUUUUUUUUUUUUUUUUUUUUUGCAGAAUAUUUCACAAAAUAAUAUAUAUAUAUAUAUAUUUUAUUAAAGCCAAUUUUUGUAAUGUUUUUGUUAAACAAAUAGCCCAAAAACAAAUAUAAAUUAUGAUAAGCCUUAUGAAGUUAUGAAAACUCCAUGUUUUUGUGCAAAUUGUGCCAUAUUCUCUAAUAUUCAUACAUCUUUUUUUUUUUAAAUAUAAUCUUUAUAUAUUAUUUUUAUUUCUUAAAAAAAAGAAAAAGAAUUUCUGCGCAUUUGCUGGCGGUGUUACGAGGGCUGUACCGAAAGUAAUGCAAAAGUUGGCGUAACUUUUUAAAUGAAUAGACAUACAGUACUAGUCAAAAAUUUGGACAAACCUUCUGAUUUAAUGUUUUUUUUUUGUGAUUUAUUUCUUACAUUCUAGAACAAUACUUGAGAUUUUAAAACUAUUAAAUAACACCUAUGGAAUUAGGUAAUUAAGUAACAACAAUAACAAUCAGUUGUUAUUUUGGGACAUGAAGUUCAUGUGUUCUGGAACAGUUCUUGCAAUAACAGUAUUGUGCCGAGUGCGUUUGUAAAACCCAUCAAGCUCUAUGAUGAAACUGUCUCUCAUGAAGACCUUCCCAGGAGAGCAAGACCAAAACUGAGCUCUGCUGCAGAGGAGAAGUUUAUUUAGAGUCACCAGCCCCAGAAAUCACCAAUUAACAACCAGCACCUCAGAUUAGAGCCGUUAUGAAGCUUUACAGAGCAGAAGUAGCAGAUAUACAUUUCAAAAUCAACUGUUCAGAGAAAUAAAAACCAGGAAAGGCUAUGGAAUAAAAGGUGUGCCCAAAGUUUUGACUGGUAGUAUAAUUGCUAUUGUAACUCUUCUGUACAGGGGUACUAUUCAACAUGGUCUCCUUUAAAACCCAUGCACUUGCUCUAUUGUCGAACUCGAAGCCUGUUUGAAAAUUCACUUUGUCACAGUUGAUGAUCUCAAACUGUGUGAUGUGUCUUUAAUGAUGAUUUGACCUCUUCUGUAAAUAACGUCCUCCAUCUGUGCACAUCGCUCUUGUCAAUGGUGUCACCUCUGGAAAUAUUCUAUAGUGCAGUGGGAGACCAUCAAUUAGAAGAUAGGUUUAACGAUGGCACCAAUGCUUGGCUUGUGAUGGAGACUAUGUUAAGUAGUGCCUUUGUAUAGAGAGAGAGUUAUCUGAACCACCUAUGUCAGUUAAUGAAAACAUUAUGGCCACUUUUGCAUGACUUUUGGUACAUUUUUAUAUUAAUGUACUAUUCCAUUAUAGGUCUACACUGCCCUGUUAAUAUUUUUAUGGAAUAUCUUUGAAUAUUUUUGUCAAUAUACUGUGUGUUAGCGAUGGGUUGGGGAUCAAUUCGUGCAGCAUCCUGAAAUCUAUGCAAAGUUUGUUUAGAAGUGUAAUCUUUCAAAAGAAAAAGAUAUUCCAUCAGGAUAUUUAUGAAACUUGGAGAAUCGCAAUACUAAUCGAAUCAGCACCUAGGUAUCGUAGUGAUAUCAUAUCAGAUGAUCCCUGGUUAUUCUCAUCUCAUUUUAUAUAUACGGUACAAUUUAUGUUAAGUGAUAGUGCACAUUAGUGUUGAAUGUUAUUCUUUAGAUUGUAUUUUUUAUAUGCUGUUUUUUCAAGAUUUUUUCAAAAAUGAUUUACAGUUUGUUUUGAGAAAUAAAUACUUGUGUGAAA